AUGCCCUCAGGAACAGAACGAUUAGCGGAGAUAUUGAAGGAAGAAAACGACGUUUUUGUAACAGAAUCCCGUGAGCUUUACGUGGAUGUCUCUGACGCCUUGAAAUUGCCUCCUAAGAUGGAGGCAAGUCUAGUUCAUGUCUCACGCAAUACACCAUCGCAAAGGCUCGUGGAGAAAAGUAUCAAAACAUUAAACAAUGAAAAUGGAAUACUUUUGACCGCUCGAGGAAAUGAAGUGAAGAAACUUGUUGCCGUCAUUGAGCAGAUAAAGCAACAAGGGCCAAAGAAGUUGAGGCAGCUAAAUCGCAUCUCGAUCCAGCCGUCCUUGAUCAACCCAAGCUACAAUGCCAAACACAGUAUACCAAAUAUACAAGCAUUUUAUGGCGACGAAAUCACUACCACCAGCACAGAGAUCGCUCUCACGAAGGAAAUCAAGGGCCAUAAGGUCUACGAUGUGCCAGCUAUGAGUGUUCUACUAUUGAAGCUGUCGGUUGAAGUUCCCUACUCGAAGUUUAGCGAUUGGACUUUUCAGUAA